GAGGCCGCUUCCGCCUUUAAAAAAUCCAGAUCGAAUGAAAUCCAGUCAGCCGAUUUUUUAAUCUGGCAGUCUCAAGCAUUCGUAAAGCACGAAGUUUUAUGUGUAAACUAAACUUAAAUCUUUUUAAACAUGUUUGAACGCGGUAAAGGUGGCAAGGUUAGAGGAAAGACAAAGUCCCGUUCUAACCAUGCUGAACACCAGUUCCCCGUCGGCCGUAUCCACAGGCUUCUACGCAAGGGCAACUUUGCCGAGCGCGUCGGUGCCAGCGGCCCGGUGUACCUCGCCGCCGUCAUGGAGUACCUGGCCGCUGAGGUUCUCGAGUUGGCGGGCAACGCCGCUAGUAACAACAAGAAGACCAGGAUCAUCUCCAGACAUCUUCAGCUGGCUAUCCGCAACAACGAGGAGUUGAAUAAGCUCUUCUCCGGUGUGACUAUCGCCCAGGGCGGUGUGCUGCCGAACACUCAGGCCGUGCUCCUGCCCAAGAAGACGGAGAAGAAGGCUAAAGUGUCCUCACUUCUCAUCUUGCUAUUUCUGUAGCGGUGACACCCUGGAUAUUGGUGAAUGUGUGCAUUUGCCUCGUUUUUCGAUUGACUGUUAUAUUAAAUUUGUUUUUAUGACCACUGUUAAAAAAAAUAAUUUAUCAAUAGGAAGUAACCCUGAUUCUCUUCUUUUUAUAUAAUCUUUAUACUUGAUAACGAAGUCUUUAUUAAAGAGACCUUUUGAAUCGGGCUUGAAACAAGGUUCUCUUUAUAACUCCAGAUAUUUUGAAUUCUAAGGACCUGUUUCACAAUGUCCAAGUAAAGUCCUGAAUAAACUAAUUGCCACUUAUCUGACGAAUAGUCAUAGUCAGCGUUUCAUAAUCUUCAAAUAAGCUUAACUCGAUGAUAAAUACAUUAACAAAAUUCAAAAAAUUCAAAAAUGUAUUCUGCAAGUAGGCCUCAAGGGCUCUUUUACAAGUCAAUACAACAUUUAUAGUAACAUCAUAUAGUGACAUGAAAAAUACAUAACAACAUUUAUAAAUACAACAGCCAAUACCUGGGUAAACAUUACAUUAUAAUAAUCUUAAAAUAAAUAAUUACUACAAUACAAUAGAGAUGUAUAGUCUCUAUGGUUAAAAACACAUUAAAUCUGGAGAUGUAAAAGGUCCCCAAUGUCAGAGUACUAAUACUAAUAAAAUUUGGAGGUGUAAAGUCUCUCCAAGUGUCAAAAUAGACUUUAUACUAAAUAAAUAAACCGCGUCUGGACUGUUAAAAAUUAAGGUAGUUUUAUCUGGCAGUUAAUUUAGUUGUUAAUUAGCUAUCCAAUACUUUACUCAGACUUUGUGAAAGAAGCCCUAAGUUUAACACUUAAUUAAUUUCUGCUUAUUUAGACUUAAAUCUCGACCAGCUCUACGUUUAUAAUGGUUCAAUUAAUAAAAUUCUUGUAAGGGCGACAGGAAUGAAAACGUUGGGUUGUCUAAAAUAACAUUUGCUCUAUCCUGUCGAGGUAAGUCGUGGAUUUAGAAAAAUAUUCCAAAUUGAUCACGUUCUUAUGUUGCUAGUCUUGAUUUUUUGGAUACACACUUAAUUUUCAAAGUUAAAAAAUAAUUUAUUUUAUUAUAAACACCAGCCUUUACCUGCUAGGCACAGACUUCCCCUCUGGCCUCGUAAGUUCCCGCAUACUUUGUAUAUACAAGUACAAAUUCAUCUCAAAUGUUGAACUCUUAUAGAAAUAACAGAAAGUUUCAAAUUAAAAAUUGGCCUGGGUUAUAGGAAUACAUUAAUAUUCUAUGAUUCUGAGUGUAAUAACAAAUUAUGAAUCUGAUCUGAUUUUGACAUUUCUUCCACGAGAAAUAACACUUUCGUCACUUUUUUCGUCAGAUCAAAUCCAAAACCUGAUAUUAUAAUCAGAAUACGCCUCCCAGGCAUUUAUCCAUAUUGGUAGGAAACUUGACACACACACUUAUGUUAUAUUUAUAUAAUCAAGCUUUUCAAUCUCGUACCUUACUUAGGCAACUCAGCAACCUUCGUUGCCUAAACACGGUACUCGACUGAAAAGCUCUCUAUUAUAUCACUAAUUGUAUAAAAUACUAUUUAUAAUAUGUAUGCUAGUAUUAGGAUAUUUGUCUAUGAGCUAAUCUGCCUGAAAUAAAGAUUUUCAUUCAUUCACAUCCCAAAAAGGGUUUUCCAAGCAAGGUGACAACAAGAGCUUUACAAGUUUGCGGAUAAGUCACACAGCUUACGAGUUCCGUCUUAUUGUGGAGCUUUAGCCUUUAGGGACUUGUCAAUGCGUCAGCUACCCAAGUUUAACUCGGGUCCAUUUUGGUAACAAGAGUUCUCUACAAAAAAAAAUACUACUGCUAUAACGACACGUGUGUUUCGCUGGUUUUUCUACAUCUGCUUUAAGCCACGUAUUCAUUAUAAACAUUUUUUUUAUAAAACAGGCUUAUAAACAAUGUCUCGUCAUAAGUACCAUACAUUGUCUGGGAAACUUUGUUAACAAACACUGUUUAUAAACAAAAUUGUUUAUAGUGGUUUUAGUACCUAUUGUAACUAGCAGCCUAUUUACCAGGAAUAAAACAAAAGACAUCAUACAGAAUAAAUUGAAAAAUUGUAAAAAACAAUUUUAAUUUGAAACACGUCACCAAAGUAAAUUAAAUAAGUACUCCAGUCCCGUCCGCACGAAAAGGUAAUCGCUUUCGUAAAAACUAGUGCCUCCGUCAAUUUAAGACGAAGCAGCCGUGCGAGGCCGGGUUCUAUAAUAAUGUAACCAGGAAAACGCUGAGAUACAGAUGUCUCGUUUGCACGACUGCUUUUCUUCCCAUCAUUGAAUUGGGUCUCGCACUGA